GCUUAUUUCUACAGAAUGAAGAUCCUUUACUAUCUCCUCCAUUUUCUGUGUUAUGUGACCUUCAUCCUACCAGCUACAUGUAACUUGGUGGACGCUGAUCGUUGCACAAAACGUAAAGGUGUCUGUAAAAGAAACUGUCUUCUGAGUGAAAAGCAGAUUGACACCUGUUUCUCACCAACUAAGAUUUGCUGUUCUGAGAGGCUGUAUGAAGAAGACAGUGUACUUGGAAGAGGAAGACAUCUCUUUGAACGCUAAAGUUAUAUGUGCACCAGUGGAGAGAGGUAUA